AAUCAACCCAUCAUCAAAACAAAGGGGCCAACACAUCCACUCCCCACACCGCUCACAACCCCCGCAAAGGCAAAAAAACACGCACGUGGAAUCGGCAUCGUGCAUGUCCAGCAUCUCACGCACAGUCGAUCCUUACAGCCCUACUAUUCCCGCCACCUUCCCCACCCCACCCCCGAUAUUCCACGCCCUACUGCUACCACCACCGAUCGCCCAAACCUACACAGGAAUAUCACCGAACACCCACCGACAAACGCUACCUACUGUCACCGAUCGCCCAGCUUACUCAAAUCAACCACCGAGUAACACCGACAAACAUCACCGACCACCUACGACCACCGAUCACCGACCACCGACCAAACACCAACUACUACUUACUACUGAUCGUCUAGCUUACACCAAACAACUCCCGACUGGCCAUCCCCCCGACCACCAACCGCGCAUCACCAACCCUAUACGUCCCCCAUUACCCCAUGCGGCAACUCCCGAGUCCACAACACAGAAAAAAAGAGGGGGGCCUGUACAACCGAACAGAGAAAAACUAUCCGCAGAACCACACACGAGGCAUCUUCGUACGCCUAUUCCGCGUAUUUUUGUGGAAUCAAGAGAAAUGAGGAGGACUAGGAGUAAGGAAACGAGUCAGGUAAGUGGAAAUAUGCAUGUGCGCUUUUAGUUCCGCGGGGAAGGUACCGCGGUGUAUGUAUGUAUGUGUGUGUGUGUUCCGCGGAAGAUAUCAACAACAGACGAGGAAAGUUACUAAGUUGGGAAAUUUGUAAAAAGAAAGAAAUACGUACAUGAGAUUCUUCCUACUUUCCAUCGCAUGUUGGGUAUUUCUCUCAUUCUCUGCUUCCCUUUUUCAUCUUUCACUCCUACUUCGCCCCCUCCCCCCUUUUUUUUCUU